AUGGCGACCUCGAGCAAGAUCCCAGCAUUGGCAGAGAAUCUCCCUCAACGUCUCGUCAAUUUCUUUGCUCGGUAUCCCCCACAAUUCCACUCUGCUGCUGUCCGUCGCCCAGCGCCUCGCCCAAAGGGAGAGGCCAUUCCGCAAACACCACUGCCAUCUCCGUACACCCCAGAUCGCGAUGCUAAAGGAACCCCAGGGGUCAAAAAGGACGCAUGGACUCCUUCGCGCGCCCUUCUCGUGACUAGCGAUGAGGUCCGCAAUCCUUUCCUUCCACACAAGCGAUUCGGCAAAUGGGAGGCACCAAGAUAUGGCUUGCGCCAGCAAGCCGACUUGAUGAAAUUGGCCAUCAAAUAUAAUGUGGAAACACUUCUUCCUCCUAGUCGGAAAUCGCCCGAGUUCAAGGAAACCCGUCGUGAGGAGCGUGGAUUGCAGGUUAAGGGUACCGGUGUUGGUCAAAAGGUCAAAGGUCACAAGUGGGAGCGUACGAUGGAGUCACGUCUUGAAGACCGUCGCAAGGCGAUGGAGAAAAUGCCGGAAAUGGUCCGCAUGUGGAAGCAGAGAGGUCAUGGCCGUGGAUGGAAACAAUGGCCCAGGCGUUAA